GAACGUGUAGUUGCAAUUGUAAAACUUAACACCAAAAUUAUACCCUACCUAUGAAAUGUAACUUUAAUAUAAAUAUCAGACAUUUUCAGGAGGCAGACAAAACAAAGCAGGAGUGUCACCUGCUCUGCCGUCACUGAGGAGGACGAGUGUGGCCCAACAGCUUCAGAGACUGCGAUGGCUUCCCCAGGUAACAUACUACCAGAAAAACAGUUCCAGUGCGCCAUCUGCCAGGAAGUAUUCACUGACCCGGUCACAACUCCCUGUGGACACAACUUCUGCCUUGCAUGCAUUCAAAGCACAUGGGACAGUAGUGACGUCUGCCAGUGUCCCACCUGUAACAAAUCGUUCAGCCCCCGGCCUGAGAUCAGCAUCAACACAGCCUUCAAAGAGCUGGCCGACUCCUUUAGGAAUAUCAUAUUCUGUUCAUCUGCUUCACCGCUGUCGGCAGCGAAACCCGGAGAUGUUGUUUGUGAUGUCUGCGCGGCGACGUCCCUGCAGGUGAAGGCCUUAAAAUCCUGCCUGGGGUGCAUGACGUCGUACUGUGGGCCUCACCUGGAGCCCCACCAGAGAGUCCCAACCCUAAAGGUUCACAAGCUGAUCAACCCAGCGAAGAACCUGCAGGAGAGGAUGUGUAAGAAGCAUGACAGGCUGCUGGAGAUGUUCUGCAGGGAUGAGCAGAAGUGCGUGUGCCAGUUCUGCACCGAGACCGGGCACAAAGGUCACAAGGCCAUCAGGAUAGAGGAAGAGAGUGGGGAGAGGAAGGUCCAAAUGAAGAAGACCGAGGCCGAUUUUCAGCAGAUGAUCCAGGAACGACUGAAGAAAGUGGAGGAGAUCAAGAACUGUCUGAAGCUCAGCACUGUCAGUGCAGAGAAGGAGCUGAAGGAGAGUGACCGUCUCUUCACCUCUCUGGUCCGCUCCGUCCAGGAGAGACGAGCUGAAGUCGACUCGGAGGUCAGAGAGAAGCAGAAAGCAGCAGAGAGGAGGGCGGAGGAGCUGACCCAUGAGCUGCACCAGGAAAUCAACGAGCUUCAGAGGAGAAACGCUGAGCUGGAGGAGCUGGGGAGCUCUGAAGACCAUCUGCAUGUCUUACAGCGGUUGCCAGCUCUUACAUCGCCUCCACCCUCCAAACAGUGGACAGAGAUCGGCGUCCACCCUGAACUUUGUGUGGGAACAAUGAGAAAAGCGCUGUCCAAACUAAACAAUUCCCUGAAGAAUGAACUAGACAGGCUUAAGAAAGAAGAGAUGAAGAAGAUGCAGAAAUAUGCAGUGGACGUGGUUUUAGACCCAGACUCCGCCCAUCCUAACAUCGUCCUAUCAGCUGAUGGGAAACAGGCAGGCCGCGGCGAGCUGCUUCACAUCGUGCCUGACAAUCCUCAACGUUUUGACCCCGUCAUCUGUGUGGUGGCAAAGAGAGGCUUCCUGUCAGGGAGGAUCUACUUCCAGGUUGAAGUGGGGACUAAGACCUUCUGGGACAUCGGCGUGGUCAAGGAAUCCGUCAACAGGAAAGGAAUGAUCACCUCCAAGCCGGAGAACGGCUACUGGACGGUUCGUCUGAGAAAUGGGAACGAGUACCGCGCUCUGGACUCCCCUUCUGUGCUUCUUCCUCUCAAGGAGAAACCGCAGACACUGGGAGUGUUCAUGGACUAUGAGGAGGGGACUGUGUCGUUCUUUAACGUGGACGCUGGCUCUCACAUCUACACCUUCACCGGAUGUAUGUUCUCUGAGAGGAUCUUUCCCUUCUUCAGUCCGGGGGUUUGUGAUGAGGGGAAGAAUACGGCGCCGUUGAUCAUCGCCACUGUUAAUCAUUAGAAGUCGACAGUAAAAUCUGUACUUCUAAGAGUCCAUCCACAAAGAUAAUCCCUGAUGUUUUUUUAAACUACUACUUGUGUUUUACAGACUUUAUUGAUCUUAAUAUUUGAAAUUAUGAUAAACAAAAAAUAAAACAGGGCUGUCAAGAUUAAUAACAUCAAUCACAAUCAGUUAAGGUCCACAAUUAGUACACACGUGGUAUAAAAUAAGUCCACCGCAGCUUCUUAAUGUCACAUUUCAUUUUAAAAACUCACAGACAGCUCAGUGGACAAGUCAGAAGUCAUCUGAACCAUGUUUUAUGAAUCGUUUUCCUUUUUCCUGUUCACCUAUUUCCUUUUCAAUCCAUAACAAAUUCCUUUUUCUGUGGGGAAGUUCAUGUCAUAAUCACUGAUCUACCAGAAGUUCAUUUUUGUCUUUCAAAAUAAAAGCAGGUCUUUUCCAAACAGGAAGGUGACAACCCUAAUGGUGCGUUUCAGUUAAUCUAGGGCCUCAGAAAUUCUGAGUUGCAAGGUAGAUACAUCAUCACGAAUGGGCCGGAAACUCUGAUCAUGGAAUUCCAACUGGGACGACAACUUUGGUACCCCGAGUUACAAACUUGUAGCAACUGGAAUAAAUCAACUGGGAUGCAAAAUCCCCACCUCUGAUAUCCAGCUACCUAUCAACUUUGCAAUGUUCUAAACACCUUACAGCACAAUAAAUCUGUCUUUACAACAGGGACAGUGCUGCAAAUCCACAGUUGUUUGUAUGUUUUUGUCGUUGCAAUAAUGUGUAACACAUACACUCCCCUCCAAAAGUAUUGAACCAGUGAGGCCAAUUCUUUUAUUCAGAUUCAGAUUCAGACGACUCUAUUAAUCCCCGAAGGGCAAUUCAGUUUACAGUUUACAGUUUAUCUUUGCUGAAGACUGAAAACAAAAGAUGAAUAUGAGACAAGAGAUCAUUGUUUCAGCUUUUAUUUCCAGGCAUUUACAUCUGGACCUGAUACACAACUUGGGAGAUAGGUUUACAUUUCUCAUGUUAGCAAAAGUAUUGGAACAUGUGGCUGACAGGUAUGUUUUGUUGCCCAGGUGUGUCCUAUUACACUGAUUAUUCAAACAGGACUGAAUGUCCACACUCAAUUUCAGAUUUGGGUUUUGCCUGUGUAGACUGUAUUUAUAGUUAGAGGUGUAACCAACACGACAACCAGAGAGCUAUCUAUGGGUGAAAAACAAGCAAAUAUGAAGCUGAGAGAAGAUAGAAAAUCAAUUGGAGCCAUUGAUCAAAUAUUGGCCAUGGCAAGUGCAACUAUUUGGAAGGUCAGGAAAGGCUAAAGUUUGGAGAAAGAAAGGAUCUGCUCAUGAUCCCGAACAUACAAACUCAUAUGUGAAACACAGUGGAGGUAAUGUCAUGGCUUGGGUUUGCAUGUCUUCCUCUGAGACGGGCUCAUUAAUCUACAUUAAUGAUGUAACACAUGAUGGCAGCAGCAAAAUGAACUCAGAAGUCCACAGAAACAUUUGUCUGCCAAUUUAAAGAAAGAUGCAACCAAACUGAUUGGGAGAUCUUUCAUCAUUCAGCAAGAUAAUGGCCCAAAACACACUACCAAAACAACAAAGGAGUUCAUCAGAGGCAAGAAUUGGAAGGUUUUAGACUGACCAAGUCAAUAUCCAGUCUUAAACACUAUAGAGCAUGCGUUUUAGCUACUAGAGCAGAGACUGAAGGGAGUAUCCCCCCAAAACAAACAACAAAGGAGUUCAUCAGGGGGAAGAAGAGGAAGGAUUUGGACUGGCCAAGAUGAUAUCCAGACUUAAACCCUAUAGAGCAUGCAGUUUACCUACUAAAGCAGAGACUGAAGGGAAUAUCCCCUCGAAAACAAACAACAAAGGAGUUCAUCAGGGGAAAGAACUGGAAGGUUUUAACCCCCCCCCCCCCAAUAAAUAAAUAAAUAAAUAAACAAAUAAACAAACCUCAAAGGAAAGCCUGGAAAAGCAUCACAAAAGAAGAAUGCCAACGUUUGGUGAUGCCAGUGGGUCACAGGCUAGAUGCAGGUAUUGCAAGCAAAAGAUUUGGAACUAAAUAUUAAGUCUUACUCACUUUAUUCAUCUUAAUCCUGUCUGUUCCAAUACUUUUGCUCACCCAAAAGUUUCAUAUUCAUCUUUUGAUGUCAAACCCAAAUGUUUUCAGUCUGCAGCAAAAAUAAAGGAAUUGUCCUCACUAUUCCGAUAAUUUUGGAAAGAAACGUGUAGGUUUUCUCUGUGAUUGCAGAUGGGUUAAAUUGCCAGUGUAGUUGCCCAGGCUCUGUACCAAAGGCUUUUUCAUUAGGUAUCCUUUUGUUUAGAAAACAGGACAAAAAACACGUAAUUUCUAAUUAUAGUAAAGUUUGCCCUAUUUGAUUUUUAUACCGGCAUUUCGAUACUAUAUUUCAUAAAGAGGGUACACAUUUCUGCCCUGUGUUUUCUGGAGAUAGAACUGAUCUGAACUUUAACCAAAAAACAUUACAAGCACAACUAAAAGACCAACUCAUACUGACAGUAUAUAUGUUAUGCUUUAACCACCAGUGUUUACUUUAAAGCAUGAACUUGAAGGAAUGAUCACAGCUGUGUUAAAAUAAUGCCUGACAUGAGUGAGGUUUACCAUGGACUAAAUGGUUCAGGGAUAGAGCUCAUUUUGCAGCUCAGACCUUAAGGAGACAUUGGUGCUACUUUUCUUUGAAUUACUAUUGUAACUAACUCUGAUUCGUGUGUUUUUUGAUGGUGAUUUGUUUCUGAA